UAUCAGCCGGAAGUGGGCCCGGCUGCUCUGAUUGGGCACCUCCCUCCCGCUGGAGAAGCUGAUCCCGUUCAACUUUCUCCUCCAGAGGGAUCCAGAACCGUCAGUAAGAGGUUUACCGUCCCUGAGGCUCGGCUCGGUGUCGCGCGGACCCGUCCGGGAGUUCAGGUCCACGAGACACACCGGACAACGUCAUUCUUUAGGUCGACGUCACAGUCAAACAUCUCCAGGUUCUGGUACCACAUCCCCCCCAGAGUUUGUGCAGAAGUCAGCGGCCGACCCAGACUCGCAUCUUCUCGUCCCUUCAGCCUGAGCGGGUCUUCGCGUGGAGAUGCUCGGGAGUGUUUGAGCCGCCCCACCCCUGGAGUCGCUCUGACUGAGCGGAUUGUUUUGAUGCUGACUUGCUGAAACAACCCAACAAAACUUUGUAACCGAGUUUCUUUGUUCGAGUCACUUGUGGCCUGACUCUGAGCAGCAUGCCUGUGAAGACGCCCAUGUACCUGAAAACUACAACUCCCAAGAAGGGGAAGAAGCUGAAGCUCCGGGAGGUCCUGUCAGGAGACAUGAUCAGCCCCCCGCUGGGCGAUGUCCGUCACAGCGCCCACGUGGGGCCCGAGGGUGAAGGGGACAUGUUUGGAGAUGUGGGCUUCCUCCAGGGAAAGAUGGACAUGCUGCCCUCCCCGAGUCGCCCUCAGAACGGCGCCGCCGGCUCCUUCAGCGAGGAGCAGCACGCGGGCGACGCCUUUACGCAUCAGCAGGAGGCACACGGUCACAACGGCUUCAACCUCCAGCAUUCCUCCCACAGUUCGCUGAAGAACACCUUCUCCAUGCCCGUGUUUGUCGCCCACGAACAGGCCCCCCCCAAACCGCCACGUCUCCACCUGGAUGACACCUCGGCCCCCCCCCAGCAUCCUUCAGAAGCUAGCCACCGGCGGUCCGGCGGCUUCAGCCAGCAGCAUCCAUCGCUCUGCGAGGAGUCGGGUCGCUUGGAUUCAGAACCCUACAGAGACGUCCCAACCAUCCGUGGGAUCGUCCCGUCUUCCGGCUCUUUCUCCGAGGUGUCCUCUGAGGACUCCAUGUCUGAGUCCGGUGGGCUCCUGGAUGUUCGUCGGGGCCUCAGUCUGGACUCUGACGCUGGCUUGAGCAACGAGGAUCUGAGGAGUGAGCGCAGCGAUUUGCCUUCCUGCACCGCCUUCCACUCCGCCGUGCUCACAGUCCCACCCAACGUCCCCCGAGCUGACUCGAUGGCCAGGCUGGACCUGGAUCUGGGCCCGUCCAUCCUGGAGGACGUCCUGAGUAUCAUGGACCGCUACAAAGCUUUGGACGAGCGCUGUGAGCUGUGAAAGAUCCACCAGAGACGAUAUAUGCUGUGGAAGGACUAAAGAGGACAAGGGACGAAUGGACACGGUCUACAUUUGUCCUUUAAACUUAAAUAAUAAGACGGAGACUAGAAGCAGGACACAGCAGUUUGGAUUUAUGAGGCUAAAACAUCUUUCUGAACUCUGAGACACAAACUCGUUAAGCCGUCUCAAUCUGACGACGUUUCUGCUCGUUAUUCUUUAACUAAAUGGUAAAAGUUUCCUGAUGGACCUGAGAAACCUGUUGGAUUAUUUUAUUAAUCCAGGAUUACCUUAGGGAAAGUUCAAAGCACAGGGGGUUGUAGUAAUCAAUCGAUCAAUACCAAUACCAAUUCAUAAACAAUCAAUUUAGACUUUGCAAAGUGGAGAGGAAAAGAUGCGCACCAGUCAACGGUUGCCAGUUCACGCUCCACUUUGCAAAGUCUAAAUUGAUUGUUUAUGAAUUGGUAUUGGUAUUGAUCGAUUGAUUACUACAAACCCUGUGCUUUGAACUUUCCCUAAGAUAAUCCUGGAUUAAUAAAAUUACCCAACAUUUUGGUGCCGUGACCCGGAUUCGAACCGGGGUUGCUGCGGACCGACAGCUCCACUUUCAGUAGUCCGUUACUGCGACGAUAUUACUCUGUACAUACGUACAUACUCUGUACGUAUGUACAUACUCUGUACAUCUGUACAUACGUACAUACUCUGUACGUAUGUACAUACUCUGUACAUCUGUACAUACGUACAUACUCUGUACGUAUGUACAUACUCUGUACAUCUGUACAUACGUACAUACUCUGUACGUAUGUACAUACUCUGUACAUCUGUACAUACGUACAUACUCUGUACGUAUGUACAUACUCUGUACAUACGUACAUACGUACAUACUCUGUACGUAUGUACAUACUCUGUACAUCUGUACAUACGUACAUACUCUGUACGUAUGUACAUACUCUGUACAUCUGUACAUACGUACAUACUCUGUACGUAUGUACAUACUCUGUACAUCUGUACAUACGUACAGAGUAUGUACAUUAUAAAUCUAUAAAUAAAAGAUGUUUCUUGUAAUAAAAUCCUGUCUUUGUAUUUCAUCAUCAUUUAUUUAUAAAGCACCUUCCAUUAAUUAUGCCCAUCCGUCUGUAGCGUUGGAGAAGGCGUUGUAGGUCAGAGGUCACCCUAACAGGACACUGUCCACAGCCAGCUUCAUCCGCCCGGAAUUCCCGGAAUGCUGUGUGCUUUUCCGUACCAGAACGUCUCUAGCCUCGCCAUCGGGAGGGAAGCUGUACCAAUCCCAUCUCCCGAGUCCCGAGUCGGUUCUGCAGCCACAGCGAGACUCCAGACAGAACUCUUCACUCCAAUAAAAGAAUCUUGUUCCUGUUCUCUCACCUUACAGGUUACGCCCAGUUACGCAGAACAAUGAGUGUUUUAAGGGAAUCAUUUCAGCGGCACAGAUCCACCGUUUCAAGAUCAAAUAACUUAUUUGUUUUAACCUGCAUCAGGUAACGAGGAGCCAAUAGGAGAGCAUUUAUGUAUUAACACAUCUAAAGAGGAGCAGCACCAGCUCGUUCUCCCGAGGCUCCUCUGGAACAAGAUGAGGAAAGGCGAGAGAGGGCAGCUAGCACCAUGAAUGAAAACUAAACACCAAAAACCUUUACAGAACGCCACACACACACACACCCGCUCUGUUGUGCCUGCACACACACACACACACACACACAGAGUUGUACAUUAAGAACAGCACAAACACUAAUGUUGGAGACAUCGGUGCUGGUACUCUGCAGGUCAGUGACAAUCACCUUUUGGAGCGUGAGAGGACGACGUCUGCAGGAAGACGGUUCCAGUUUGGAGAAAGCACGUUUCCCUGCUUCUCUGCCGACUCUAGGAACUAAAAGGAAAAGAAUCGUUAUGAUGUGAGCCAUAAUAUGAGCUAAAAGGUACAAAAUCCUCUUCUACAGUGUUAGUGGAUGCAUUUAAAGACUAACCAGUGAUGUGGGCGUCCAGCUGGAAGUGAGAGCCAUGCUCAUGCAGGACACAGUGAAGUGUCUUAAAGACCGUGCAGAAUGAAUCAACAUGCUGUUACAAACCACAUCAGGGGAGUGGACAGGCUGUGUUUUCAUCAAUAUUAUCAUAAUCCAGACACCCUGUGGAGAAAACUCAUUCCAGCCGCUUGUAUCCGCGAUCUCCGGUCUCUACCCAAAGCUCAUGACCAUAGGUGAGGGUAGGGACGUAGAUCCACCGGUAAAUCGAGAGCUUCACCUUCUGACUCAGCUCUCUCUUCACCACGACAGACCGGUACAACGCCCGCAUCACUGCAGACGCAGCACCAAUCCACCUAUCCAUCUCACGCUCCAUCGUUCCCUCACUCGUGAGAUACUAAAGUGCUGUACACGAUACAGUAAACACACAGUUAGGCACAGAAAACCAACAGGCUUCAGUUAAAAACAUUCAAUACAAAACAGAUAACCAGAGAUUUACUAAGAAACUGAAGCAGUAAACAAGACUCACUCCCAGUGAUGGAGCCUAC